AUGGACUUUCUCUCGCUCAACGACGAUGUCCUCCGCUCCAUCGCAGACAAGCUAUAUGGCAAGAACGCGCUCAACCUCGCACUCACCUCCAAGCGCAUCCACGACCUCGCUAUACACCGUGUCUCCGCCGUCAUCGUCUGCCCGGACGGCCCCCAUCUUCGUCUUGCGCAUCGGCACCUGUUCUUCGGGUCGCGCCCUCGCGUCCAAUACCUUGAGAGCUUCACUGUUCUGCAUUACGCCUUCAAACUCGACCACGAUAUCUAUGAAUCACGCUCGCGCAGCCCGCCGUGGGAUGAUGAGGCGUACGACUGGUCCCAGGUCCGCCUCCUCGUCGAUAUCCUCAUGAACGCGCGCAACCUCCGCCUGGUCGCUCUCCCUUUGUUUCACCCGACGAUGCUAUAUGACUCCCCGCGCUUCGCCGACGCCCUCUGUGCCCUCCCAAAACUCAUCUCUGUCCAGUUGGAUACCGUCGGGGACACGAUAGUCAACACGAUCGUGCCCCGCCUCCCGCGCUCGCUGCGC